AUGGCUUUUUGGCGUGGCGCUUCUCUCUUUUCAUCAUCGACAGCAGCGACGACUUCUUCGAGCAAUACUUUCGGACAAGAAACAAUCGAGCGAUUGUCCGAUCGUCUUCAAACAGCAACACGUACUGAAGAUCGGCGAGAUGCCGUGCGUGGUUUAAAAGCACUUUCAAAGAAAUGUAAACUUGAAGUCGGUACUCAAAGUAUGACUCUAUUAGCAAACAUUCUUCAAGGCGAUCGCAGCGAUCUCGAUCUUAUUCAAUUAUCACUUGAGACACUAGCAAAUAUUGUUACUUAUGAAGUUGCUAAUGAAGAAGAGCAAGCUAAUCUACCACAAGAUAUCACCGUGCAAUUCACAGAACUGUAUAUAAAAAACAAAGCAAAUGUUCAUGCUGCUCUCGAAUUAGUUGAAGAAACUGAUUUUAAUGUUCGCCGGUCGGCCAUUCGAUUUCUUACUGCGUUGUUAACAAACUGUACUAAAGAAUUGCAAGAAAUUAUAUUAGAAAGUGGACCCAUGGGUGUUUCCAAAUUAGUCGAUCUUCUUCAAGAUGAACGAGAAGUGAUUCGAAAUGACGCACUUCUUCUCUUACAAAUCUUAACUCGCUCGAAUGCGAAUAUCCAAAAGAUAGUUGCAUUCGAAAAUGGUUUUGAACGUUUAUUUGAAAUUCUUGUUAGCGAAGGCGGAAGUGAUGGUGUUGUUACCGUCGAAGAUUGCUUAUCUGUUUUAUUGAAUCUAUUGAAAAAUAAUCCAUCGAAUCAGAGUUAUUUUCGCGAAGGAUCAUAUAUUCGACGAUUAGUUGAUUUUUUCGAACUUGGCUCUAUUGGAGAAAAACGUUGGUCGGCACAAAAAGUCACCAAUGUUCAUCUUCUAUUACAAAUUAUUCGAAUACUUGUCUCACCAACAAAUGCCAAUCAGAACAUCGUCGCUUGCCAACGUACAAUAAGCCAAUGUGGUCUGCUACACCGUUUAUGUGUCAUGUUAACACUAACAACAAUUCCUGCUGAUGUAUUAGCUGAAACGAUCAACACAAUUGGUGAUGUCGUUCGCGGUCAUAUGGAAAAUCAACAAUUUCUUAGUUCUGUUAUGAAUACAACUGGUGAAGCUCAACAACCGGUUUUAUUCAAUUUACUUUAUACGAUGGUUGCUGGUGAAAAGCAACCCUUUCCACUUCGAAUUUCCAUUCUCUACUGUCUUCAAUGUUAUCUUUAUAAAAAUGAAUUAGGCAAAUCGCUGAUCGUUCACACACUUUUACCUCAAACAGAAAAUGCUGCAAGUCAAUAUACACUAGGUCACUUAAUGAUCAUCGGUUAUCUGAGUAAAGAUGUUGUUGCAUCAUGGUGUUCCGGCAUUGCACUUGCUCGACUCGUUGCUGAUAGUCAGCAAUUCAAAGAAGCAAUACUUAAAGUUGUGCUGGCGGUUGAUCAAGCGCAGACAGGAGCGAAAACUCUAAUGGAGAUUUCCAUUGAUUUGCUACAAAACUCUUCAUCAUCAUUUCAUACACGCGUCGCUGUGUUAAUUUUUCUUAGCACGUGGUUAUCAAAUUGUUCAUUAGCAGUACAAGCAUUUCUCUCAAUUCCAAAUAGUAUUUCAUAUCUUAUUUCGCAAAUUUGUGCUCAAUUGAUAGCCGAUGAUCGCGAGAAUCUCAUACAAUCACUAUGCUCAUUUGUAUUAGGUUUAUGUUUACUUUUCAACAAUAAUCAAAUACCAUCAUAUACAACUGAAGCUCUCGAACGAUUGAUAAAUAAACGCAUUGGCAUUGAGUUAUUUCAAGAAAGACUCGAAACAUUAUCCAAAUCGGAGUUUUAUGCAAAAGCUUUACAAAAACCGCAACUAAAACUAUCGAAAUCUGCUGAUAUGAUUCUUGACUAUGAGUUUGCUCGUUUAUACAAAGCCCUUGAAGGUUCAAUCGGACGAAUGUUAACUACACAAACUAUGAAUGCCACUGAUAAAUCGCUCGGAGAUCCACUAUCAAGUAAUCUUUAUGAUCAACAAACAUCAACAAUGAUGACACAUUACAACGAUUUGAUCCGUCAACAAGAUCAGCAGUUGAAUACGUACAAACAGCAAGAAAAAUAUUUGCUUCAAGAGACGGACAUGCAGAAAAGGAAAAUCAAUGAAUUAGAACAAAAAUUACAAGAGAUUAGAGAUCAAUAUUCACUUUUGAAAAUAUCAACAAAACAAGGACCGGAUGCUCACAAUGAAUUGAGAUCCAUAUGUGAACAACAAAGAGGUGAAUUGGAAUAUCUAAGAAAUAUUCUGGCUCAACAACAAUCGUCUACAAUGAAUCAUGUGGCAAAUGGAAUGGAGAAAUUGAACGUGGGUAAUGGUGAAAAUCAUACUGCUCAAGUAGGUGAGCGCGCCGCAUUAACAGCGCGUAUAACAGAAUUGCAAGAAAAAUUGAAUUCUUAUGAUGAAAGAUAUGCGGCACAAAACGAUGAAAUAGCUCGACUUCAGUUAGAAAAUGGUGUUUUACAAGAGAAACUAACGAAUGAAAAACGCAAAGUAUCACUGCUCGAGAGUUCUCAGGGUCAAACACAAGAAUUGAUUGAUGAGAAAAUUCGAUUGAGCGAUGAUUAUCAAAAAUUAAACGAUAUCCAUCAGCAAACUUUAAUAGAACAAAAUGAUUUACUCGCUCUGUGUUCCAACUAUGAGGAUCAAUUGACGACAUGUAGAAACUUGUUACAAUCAGCAGGAAUAACCAUCCCAAACUUCUUACUCGAACUUGAUGAUAAUGAAUGA